AUGAAGCUCUGUGUCUGCUUCGUGUUGCUCUCCUUUAUUCUAUGUACAAGUGCUGAGACGCCAGUACACCGAGCUGGAAAAUUUGUCCGGGAUGCAGUGGGAGGGGCAUGGGACAUGUACAGAGCAUACCGGGACAUGCGCGAGGCAAAUUAUAAAGGUGCCGACAAAUACUUCCACGCUCGUGGGAAUUAUGAUGCUGCCCAAAGAGGACCUGGCGGUGCUUGGGCAGCCAGAGUGAUCAGGUAA